CGAACUUUUUGCAAGCGAGAAAGCAACUGGGGAAUUACAGAACACGCGCCCAAAAACCCUUUACGUUAAUUUUCUCGCUUUACUUUCACUUUGAUAGAUUAAUUUGUAAAGGGUAGAGAAUCAUUAAUUACUGUACCCUGUGUAAUAGUACAUAACCUUAAAAGGUUAAUUAUUGUUUCAUUUUUCUUGGAAGUGAUGAUUGAUAUUUAUUUUCGUUUUAUCUGUACUUCCUAAUAUAAUAUAUCUAUAUGCUAUAAGAGAUUCGACAGUGAUGUCCUAAUCAUCUAUGUGCCUUGCCUAUCAUUGCAUUAGAUAAAGCUGUACAUUAGGAAAUGUACAGAUGAAGAAGUGAGAACUCAACUGCGCGCAAAAACAAAAAAGAUGAAGAUGAAGUUGUUAAUAUUCCUGGGUUGUUUUGUUGCGUUUACAAAAAGUGCUUUAUAUAUUAAUAGUUAUGACAAUGUAUGUGAUAUUUCCACGAGAAACCUAUUAGACAAAGUCUAUAAUGUUACUAAAGAUGGUAUUGGAGCUGCAUUUAAUUUACAUGGUUUUGUACAUGACCAACAUGUUGCAUAUAUCUACUACACAAAGAAUACGUCCAAAAUAUAUUUUGAUGAGAAAUUUGUUGAAGGAAAUCCAGGAGGAAAUAAUAAAAUAAUUCUUUCGAAUAAGUCAACCAAUGCGACAUUUAAACAUUGUGAAUUGUUGGUGGAACUGGAUUGUGCAUAUCCUGAGGCACCGGAACUUAGAAAAACUGGUGAUUGCAAGUACAAAAUUAUGUUGAACGUGCCUGCAAAGCAUACCACUUGUGGCGUAAUGAUUCACAAUAAGUUUCUAGAUUUAACACCAUUGAAAAAGAAAUACACUGUAUAUUCCGUAGCCAACAAUGUCAAUACAACAUUUAGUAUUAGUUUGUGCAGUGAAAAUGAAGAUUGUAAAGAUCAUGCUACUAGUACUUGCAAUGUUACUAAUAAGUCGAAACCUAUUUUAAUUUCGAAAAGAGAUAGUGAAGUGAUUAAGUAUAAUGAUUUAACAAGGGAAAUCGAAUUAAUUGGAAAAUAUAAGAGUAGAAAGGCUGAAAAGAAACUACAAAUAGUUUUUAAAUGCAAUUGGUUUAAGAAUGAUUCAGAGCCUCAUUAUAAAGUUGCUCCGAUACUAGGUAAAAAUUAUAAGUUUGAAAUGGAAUCGUGGCACGCAUGUGUGAAAUUACCGCCAACUUGUGAGUUCUUAGAUAAGUUUUAUAAAUACAAUUUAACUGGACUAUAUAACUCCGAAAAAGACUAUGAAAUUGUGACGAAUACUUCAAAAAUUUAUUUAAAUGUUUGUGGACCACUGGUACUCUCUCAGAGUAAUAGUUGCUCUCGAACUUAUUCACAAGUAUGCCAGUCUAGCAAUGGAGACUGGAAAAGUAAAGGUAGACUUUAUACAGAACCAGUGGUGGGAAAGGAUGAUAAGCAUGAUGAUGUUAUUAUUAUGAAAUUUAUUAGUGGAGAUGAGUGCAAGAUAAAUAAAGCUGUUAGUACAUUUAUGACAACAAUAUAUUUUACGUGCUCGGAAAAGGAAGAAAACCCAACUUUUGUUCAGGAUAACGGCUGUGAAUUACAAUUGAGUUGGAAGACACCGAAGGCAUGUCCUGUAAAUAAUACAGAAAACUGUUUAGCUAAUGUUCAUGUGAAGAGCCAAAAUUUUGCAUGUACACAUACCAAUAAAUAUGAUCAAUACAAUCUCAGAAAUCUGUUUAAACAAGGCGGUUAUAUAGUUAAAAAUAUUACGGAGGACGAAGAUUAUCUUUUAAAUGUAUGUGGUCCAGUUUUAAGCAGUGACGCACCCUGUAAACAGAACUCGAUGGUUGCAAUUCACAAUUUACGUGAAUAUAACCUUAAGAAAAAGUUACAUUUUUAUGGAAAUGUGAGAGAUAUAUACGUCAAAAAUGCAACACUGGUAAUUGAGACAGGUGGUGGAGAUUUAUGUGAAGAUCUGCAAACUGACCGUAGCAGUAUUAUAUUUUUUGAAUGUGAUAAAGAAAUAGAAAGUGAGAUUAGAUUAAAAUCCAAAACAAACUGUAGUUUGGAGUUUAUAUGGAGAAGUAAAUAUGCAUGUCCCAAUUCUACGUACAAUUGUGCUUUUAAAGACCCCACUAAUUCAAGUUUCAUCUACGACUUUACAAAAAUGGAAAAAACUUCUUUAACUGUUGAUGUAUCUGGUACAAAAUAUUUUUUUGAUAUUUGUGGUGAUGAUAAAUCGGCCUGUAAGGAAAAUAGUUGUAUAUAUGUACCAGUAAAAAAGUCAUUAGUGACAUAUCAAAAUAAGACGCAUCUAGAGUUUCUGCUUAACCAACCGUGUGCUUCUGAUAAUAGCUUUAACAGAACGCUUUUCGAGUUAGAAUGUGAUAAUAUACAGAAUAAUGAUCAUUUCAUAGUAAAGAAAAUAGUAUCCUGCACUUUAAUUGUUUCACUUAGGACAAACAAAGCAUGUAGUAAUCAGAAUCAAGUAGUACCUGUGGAAUUAGACACUGGAACUCAAGAGAAGCAUGAUAAGACAUUCCCUAUUGAACAUAUUCCUGAUGAGAUAGACAAAUAUGACACAGUUGAAGAAUCUUCUAAUCCAGUAGUUCAAUAUACUAAUUAUUGUGUCAUAACAAAUCCGUAUACUGAUUAUACUUUCAACAUAAGCAGGCUUAAUCUAAACAUAUCAUCUUCGGUGUGUCCUGAUAAAUCUUUUAAUGAAGAGUCUCAGGUAGUAUCUUUGACCUACGAAACUUCAAAUAUUUGUUAUAAUAAAGAUAAAAGGGAUUAUUUUCAAACCAUAGUUGAAUUAAGAUGCAACGAUAAGGUUCGGAAGAAUUCCACUGAGACUGGAAAGUGUUUCAAAAAAUUUAUAUAUCAUGUACCAGAAGCGUGCAAAUUGUUGGAGAAGGGAAAAGUUUUUGAGAGUAAAGUCGCAAGUAAUGUUAGUGUGGGUGCCAUAUUAGGUUACAUUUUUCUUGGAAUAGUUGCACUAGCCAUACCAGUAUUAUUAGGAGCCUUUUGGAUAUAUAAGAAACGUUCCAGGAAUAGAUGCUAUGAGUCAUUAUUUCAAAUGGGUUAUCAUAGGGAUGUGGAAGAGUGAUAUGAAUGUUCCUGUUAAAUUUGUUGCAGCUAGAUAGCUAGAUAGUAUGCAAGAUAGUAGUUAGGGUAUUUUUCCAUAAAACUUGUUAUGAAGAAACUUCGACCAAAGUUAUCCCAGUGUUUUUUUUUUAUUUAUUUCAAUUCUGUGUUAAUUUAUUCGUAAUAUGUGUACAGUUUUUCCUACGAAUUUCAUUGAAAGACAGUUUUCCUUAGAUUUUAUACUAUCACUAAGUGUAACCCUGCCUAAAAUGUGAGACUGUUUAGCAUUUUGCAAGAAAUAGAUGACAAAAAAUGAAAAUAAACAUCAAAAUAUUCAUUCACUUAUUAAAAAUAUGUCAACUAUGGAAUUACCAAUAUUGUGUAGUAGGCUUGAUUUUUUUAUUUUAGCCUUCCCUAACUGUUCAUGCAAGCCACGUAUAGCACCUUUGCGCAGAUUGCACCUUGCUAAAAUUUUGGGUUCAUCUGUUCUACUUAGGUUCUUCUUCUGAUAAUGAAAACAACAAUUUAUGCUUUCAAAUAUGAUAAGUUUGUACUUUUAUGACUUCAUAAUACAAACAAUUUUGUCUGCACUAAAGUCAUUAGACUUUGAAAUGAAAGUAGUACCUUUUUCAAGAUAUCCAAUCAACAAAAUUUAUUAACAUUGUCAGUAGCUUCUUAUAGCUGAUUAUAAAAAGUGUGGAAGACUGGCCGAAUAUAAGGUAAUAAGCCUUUUAUAUUUUUUAUUUUAUUUUUUGAAGUUUUCAGAGGAUCUUUGUAUUUUUUGUGAAUUUUUUGACAAAACUGAUGGUACAGGUGUGCCUUUUUUUAUGACAUUAACUUCUUGAUAAUCUCCAUGACAUUAUUUUUGACAAAAGUGACCCUACUUUUUGUGGUUGAAACCGAAAGCUGUAUGUUAGUGCAAAAUCUUAUCUCUGAUUAUCAGGAAACUGCAAUAGUAAUUUUGUGUCAUCUGCGUAACAACAAAAGGAUUUUGUUUAUUUGCUUUGAUAUACUAUAUGUAGAUAUAAAAUUCUUCAUAUAUUUGUUUACAUUGCUGAACUGUCGCUUUUCACGGCAUCUCGAAAGAAAACGCCCAUUUUGAAUUUUUCCUACAUUCUUAACUAAUUGACGAAUUAAAUCCACUGUACUAUUCGCUGGGAGGAUUAACAUGGAGGAAAUGUCGACAGUGAUUCUGUGUGACCCGUGUUUACAGCAAUCUUGGCAAAGCACAUUACCAUUAUUACACAAAAUACAAUGGUUCACAAAAGUUCCUAAUAUUUGCUUGGCGAUUAUCACUAAAAAAACUAUAUUUCAUAGAAAUUUAAGACCGAAUUAUGGGGGAAUUAUCAAUAGUAAUACCACUAGUGAUUCAAUUUUCGCGAUAAGUCUGUCGAUUUACUUCUAAACGAAACUGAGUUGCUUGAAAACACCACGAGUCCGUAGGACGAGUGGUGUUUUCUUUAAGCAUCUCAGUUGAGUUUAGAAAUAAAAGACAGACUUAUAAGAUAAAUUAAAUCACGAGUGGUAUUUUAUUAGACUACUUCACGAACAAAGUGAUAGGUCAAAAAUUCAGUAGAAUGAGAGGAAGGAAUUUAAUAAUAAUACAUUUGAUCUAGGUAACCCAAAUCUACCCAUUUUUUGAAUAAUUCACAAUUAGUCAUAAUCAUGAAAUAUUUAUUAUAACUAUAAAUAAUUUGUUAUAAUUAUUUUUUACCUAUAACAAUAAAUAGUUGAAGGCCCAGUCUUUUAGAAUGAAUGCUAGUCUUUCGUUGUUAUUUUCUGCAUCUAAUUUGUAGUUGCGAUCCACACAGAACAUCAUAAAUUGUCUCCAUAUAUAAGAUUUAGAUUUUCUUGUGUUACUCGGUAUAUUUUCUUCAAUGUUUUGGUUUAUAACUUCGUUUGAAGUACCACCGAAACGACUCAUUUUGACGUAUACAGCUACAAUAAUUUUUUUGGCAAACGUCACACUUUGCUUUGCGAUCGGUAUCCAUGGUUACGUCGUUGAAAACACGAAGUUGAUAGACCAAUCAGAAUUGGAGACAGUUGGUGUUUUCGCGAUAACACAAGCUGUCUUUGGUUUGUGAUUGGUCAGAUUAUGUGAAAAUUUUAAGAUGAGUGAAAUAGUCUUAAAAACACCAUACUUAAGCAGAAAAAGCAGCAGAGGAAGCAAAAUUUCAACUUUAUAGGGAUUAAAAAGGUUUGAAAUUGGGCAAAUCCUGGCUUUUCAAAGCCAGUACUCUUUGUUUACAAAUAACAAUACGACAGUCGUGACUGCACGUAUUAUUAGAUCAGCACAAAAUUAAUAGCAAAAUUUUAAAUAAUCUCUUGUUUUUGUAAAUCAGAAAUAAAGCAUACACAUCAGAUCGUCCCCCACAACGUCAGAGUGUAUCACGUGACCUACAUAAUCAUAGUUCACGUUCCCAGCGGAUACUAGGGUAUACUAUAACAAAUUGGUAGGUCUUAGAGACAUAUUUUUAUCAUCGAUCAUAUUUAAGCGAAUCAGUAGGAAAAAUUUAGUUAGUAGUAAGUUAAACUGAACCUGCAAAGUAUUUUUUAGACCAGUGUUACCACAAAUUAUACGACCUUUUCAUUUUUUUCUCAUAAGUUAAAAUAAGACUGAUAAAGGAAAAAAACGUCUUUGUUGUCGAGAUUUUUUUAAUUGUUAAGUUUACACUGCUUUUUAAAAUAUCACCUUUAUAAUUUUCUUGAAAAAUAAUAUCACGUUUUUUGUAUGUUUCUUAUACAGGGUGAGGCAAAUAAAGGGCCUAUUAGAAAUAUCUCGAGAACUAAAGGCAACAGAAUCAUGAAAAUUUGAAUUAAGGGGUUUUGAAGAAUCAUCUGUUUAAUGAAAAUAUUUUCAUCUAUUUGCUACUUCCGGUUAUACCUAUAACUUCGUUUUUUUAAAUGGGACACCCUGUAUAUUUUUACAUUUUUGGAUUCUCUUCGAUGUCUUCUUUCUUAAAAUAUGAGGUUUUGUAAUGUUAUACAGGGUAUUUUAAAAGAUAAUUACGUUUUUUUAUUAAUUUCGUAGCAACAUUCACACCCAGUAGAAUUGUAGUAGUUUCACAUCUAAAACGCUAGUUAUAGUACAACGACCGCUACCAUCCAGUAUAUUCUACCACGUGGAAUCAACACGAGGCUACGCCGCGUCGCAGCGUUGAACAUUCUGGACCUAAUUGCGACGUAUUGGACAGCAAGAUCAGCAAUUAGAAAAUUAUAAAACACCAUGUAAAAAUCAAUAUUUUUCAGUCUGAUUAAAAUCUCUAAAUAAAAGUCUAAUUUAAAUGUUAAAGUAAAGUCUGAUUUUAAAUUAUUGAGUUGUAUCUAAAAUCUUUGUUUGUCGAAAUAAAAGUUUUAAUUGUUUUUUUUAAUGUUCAGUUUUUAAAAAAGUGUUUUUCCAAAGAACAUUCAUAAUUCGCUACUUACGUUCAAAUGAUUUUUAAUAUAGUCUACUAUUGUUAAGAAUCAUUAGUAUAGCUAAAUUUUUAAUUUUAGUAUACAGGGUUGGUCGAAAUUCGGAAUGAGUAUUUUGUGAAUUUUCUUAAAUGGAACACCCUGUAUUUUAGUAUUGUAAUGAAAUUAUAUUUUGUGGUACUUUUUUAUUUCUUAAGCAUUCCCUAUACCUAAAUGCUUUAAUUUGUGCUUAAUUGUUAAUCGCACCAACAAUCUUAACUACGUAGGUAUUUUGAUAGCUAAACCAUUAUUGGUAAUUUUAAGGAUCAGUCUGGAUUAAUAUGUAUUUAUUUCUGAAAAAUUGUUUAUGAUUGAAUAUUUUCACGGCCAACCUAAUAAAAUUUUACGUAUUUUUUGUUGCAAUUAAUGUUUAGCUUGAAUCACCAAUAACUCACAAAUUAAAGAAGUUAGGUAUAGGCAAUGCUUAAGAAAUAAAAAAAUAACAUAAAAUAUCAUUUCAUUACAAUACUAAAAUACAGGGUGUUCCAUUUAAGAAAAUUCAGAAAAUACUCAUUCCGAGUUUCGACCAACCCUGUAUACUAAAAUUAAAAAUUUAGCUAUACUAAUGUAUCUUAACAAUAGUAGACUAUAUUAAAAAUCAUUUGAAUGUAAGUAGAGUUUUAGAUGUCAAACUACUACAAUUCUACAGGGUGUGAAUUUUGCUACGAAAUUAAUAAAAAAACGUAAUUAUCUUUUAAAAUACCCUGUAUAACAUUACAAAACCUCAUAUUUUAAGAAAGAAGACAUCGAAGAGAAUCCAAACAUGUAAAAAUAUACAGGGUGUCCCAUUUAAAAAAAUGAAGUUAUGAGCAACUUCCGGUAUAACCGGAAGUUGCAAAGAGAUGAAAAUAUUUUCAUUUAAUAGAUCAUCCUUCAAAACCCCUUUAUUCGAAUUUUCAUGAUUCUGUUGCCUUUAGUUCUCGAGAUAUUUCUAAUAGGCCAGUUAUCUGCCUCACCCUAUAUAUUAUGUAUAUGUAUAUUUCUAUUUAUUUCCACACAGUAUAUUUAACACUGUGUUGCAUGAUUUUUCAAGAAAAUUAAAUAAGAAUUUAAUACAGUUUAAUUUAAUAUUGUAAAUGUAUGUAUAUAUUGUAUUUUUAUAAAAAAUUUCUGUUCUCAUUUUUAAUAUUUCAACUAAAAUAAACAACGCUUAGUUUUUAUUUAGUUUAGAAUUUUCUGUUGUAUUAUGUGAUUUUUGUUAUGCUUUACUUUUAUUUCAGAUUGGGUAUUUAUACAUCGUUCACUCAUCUGAAAACUUUAUAGUAGAUGCAUAGUUAGUAGUUCUUGCUUACACUGCUAGUUUUAUCAUUUCGAAUAGUAUUUUAUAUAAUUGUAAAAGUUUAAUUUCUACCUUCACUUAUCCUUUAUUAAAAUUUUUAUACAGGGUGUGAGUAAAUAAGUAUGACAAACUUUAAGGGGUAAUUCUACAUAAAAAAAUAAUGACAGUUUGCUCGAUAAACAUAUGUCCGCAAAUGCUUCAUUUUCGAGAUACGGGGUGUUGCAAUUUUUAUUUCAGUCUGCCAAUUUAUUUAUUGCUCUAACACCGGUUGACCUAUGAAAAUGAAAUUUGGUAAGUUUUAAGAGGUAGUUAUUGCGUAUUUUUUGACAUACAAUUAAGAAUUUUGUAUUCAUCAUUGGUGCGCCUACGGAUAAUGGUCUGAAUUUUUUUAAAGAAAAAAAUAGUAUGUUACUGUGAUAUUUCAAACUAAAAAUUAUUUUUAAAUUAUAUGUUUCAUUUAUGAUAAAAAUCCUUUCUUCACAAUUUAUCAGGUGCUGCUCCGUUUUUAUGCAAAAAAAAUAAAACAUCUUGGCGCGUAUUUUUACUUCUGAAUACAUUAUCAAAAAAUAUUUAAUUAUAAUAGUACUAAACUAGAACAAUAUCAGAAAAUAUUACUAAUAGGAUUUUAAAUAGGUGCAAAGCUACAACAAAUUUCAAAUUGACGUCUUUUAGAGGUGACAGAAGAAUUUUAUAUUCAUAAUUGGCGCGCCUACGUGAAUGGUCUGAAUUUUGUUAAAGAAAAAUGUAGUACGCCACUGAGAUAUGUCAAAUUAAAAAUCAUUUUUGAAUUCCUCCUGCAAUUUGUGACAAAAAGUAUUUGUAUUUUUUUCAUAUGAGGAGCCAUUUUUAUACAAAAAAUAAAACAUCUUAACGCUUAUAAAGUAUUCGAGGUAGUUUCCAUAUGCAUAGAAACUUAUUUCGAAUACUUUGUAAACGUUAAGAUUGUUUAUUUUUUGCAUAAAAACGGCGCCUCGUAUGAAAAAAUUACAAGAAAGAUUUUUUGUCGUAAAUAGUUACUGAUAAUGCACUCAUAUUAGGAAGUGAAAAGUACGCGCCAAGACGUUUUAUUUUUUUGCAUAAAAAUUGUGCACCAUAUCAAAAAAAGUCAAGAAAGGACUCCUAUCAUAAAUUACACCACAGCAUUUAAAAAUAAUUUUUAGGUUGAAAUACUAAAUAAAUUUAGUUUUUGGUAUAUUCCAUGUCAAAUCACUCGGGCAAAAAAUUUUGGAUCUCCGAUUUGUCUGAAAAUUGGUAUAUAGCUUCUGCGGGACGUAAAAAUAAGAUAUUUAAGGUCAAAAAUUAUUCUUGUUCUUUUUUUCUCAAAAUGUUAUUUUUUAUGCGAUUUUACAGUGAUUUGGUGUUUAUUUAAACAAAUUUGCAUUUUUUGUCGUAAAGUAUCAAUUAAAAACAUAAUAUUUUAAUAGAAAGGACUCAAAAAUGUCAUUAUAUGGCAUUAUAACAAGUUAUUUUGAAUCAAAAUAAGUUUUUGAUCAAAUUUUAUAGUGUAAAAAACGUUAAAAUACCGAUUUUUACAUUUUCCUCCAUUCCCAAAAUACAUCAUCAUCGAUUUGGCUGAAAAUUUGCCCACAGAUAGCCAAAAGAUAGGACUUUAAGUGAUUAGAAGGAUUUGAAUUAUAUUACAAAACCAAAAAAGUUACAUGCAGUAAUAUCAGACUCAAAAGUAUAUAUUGGUCCAGUCGGGAUAGCAUUUGACCUUGAAUGCCGAGCUGCCCAAAAUUUUAUUUUUCUGAUCUUUAGGGGAGUUAAUAGUAGCCUAAAUUUAAAAUCACGAAUGAAUUCCUCCGUUACGUUAGCCGCCAUCUUGAUUUUAAAGGAGAACCUGUUUUGCUCAAUAUCUCCGCCAUUUUUAACUUUUCGACAAAAAUGGUAGGAACUGAAAUUGUUCCAAAUAAAUCGUAUUUACAAUUAUUACAAUUUCUUUUUAACAAUUUUUGUCGCGAGGUCGAUAUUUUCGAGUUAAUUGUACUUACAGUAGACGCCUACAUUUUUGACUAUAAUAUUGCAUGUAACUUUUUUGAUAAUGUAAUGUAAUUUAAAUCAUUGAUGGAUAUAUCACUUGAGAAAGGCACUUUGCCGAAACAGCUGUAGUAAUAACAUAGUUGUAAUAAAUUUUGUGGAAGUAUAGAAAAACAAACGUUUUUCAGUGUUUUAUUGUGAGGUAAUUUAAAUCCUUCUCACCACUUAAGUCCUAUGUUUUGUCUAUCUGUGGGCAAAUUUUUAGCCAAAUCGAUUAUGAUGUAUUUUAGGAAUGGAGAAAAAUGUAAAAAACGGUAUUUUAACGUUUUCUACACCAUAAAAUUUGAUCAAAAGCUUGUUUUGAAUCAAAGUAACUUGUUAUAAUGCCAUAUAAUGGCAUUUUUGAGUCCCUUCUAUUAAAAUAUUAUGUUUUCCAUUGAUACUUUACGAUAGAAAAUGCAAAUUUGUAUAAAUAAACACCAAAUCACUGUAAAAUCGCAUAAAUUAACAUUUAAAAAAAAAUAAGAAGAUUUUUUGACCUUAAAUAUCUUAUUUUUACGUCCCGCAGAAGCUAUAUACCAAUUUUCAGACAAAUCGGAGGUCCAAAAUUUUUUUUGCUCCAAAAUUGAGUGAUUUGAAAUGGAAUGACCCUUUUUUUAAAAAAAUUCAGACCAUUACCCGUAGGCGCGCCAAUAAUGAAUACAAAAUUUAUAGUUGUAUGUCAAAAAUGCGCAAUAACUUCCUCUUAAAACCCACCAAAUUUCAUUUUCAUAUCUCAACCGGUCUUAGAACAAUAAAUAAAUUGGCACUUUGAAAUAAAAAUUUCAACACCUCGUAUCUCGGAAACGAAGCAUUUGCGGACAUAUGUUUAUAAAGCAAACUAUCAUUUUUUCAUGUAGAACUACUACUUAAAGUUUGUCAUACUUAUUUACUAACACCCUGUAUAUAUAUUUUUUAAAUAUAUCCAAAUGGAUUACAAAUCUUCAGAACGUUUUUGAUUAUGUCGGACAAUCAUGAGUGAAACAUCUGAUAGUAGUUGAAACUAGCCACAUUUUUGGUUAUUAAAACCUUUAAAUUAUAUGGUAAUAUUGCAAUUGUAAAAUUAUGAGGACACAAGGUCUAUGUUAAACAUUCACUUUAAGGGAGCUCGAAAAAUGAGACACUUCGUUCGAUGAGUGAUACAAGUGAAUCAGUCCUUUAACAUCGGCCUCGUGUCAUCAUAAUUUUACAAUUUAAUAAAAUUACUAUAUAAUUUAAAGGUUUUAAUAACCAAAAUUGUGACUACUAUCAGGAUGUUUCACUGAUGACGAUCCGACUCGAUCAAACACGUUCUGAAGAUUUGUAAUCCAUCUGGAUGAAUUAAAAAAUUUUUUAUUAAAAAAAUACUAUCAUAUAUUAGAAGUUUUUACUUCAUUGUAAGUUUGUAUAAACACUUUUUUCAGAUGAGUGAAUUACUAUUUUGUAAAAUUGCGAAUAUUAAACAUGUUUUGUUAAUGUUAAAAAUUAUUUGAAUAAAAAUUAAUUUUUCUAAUGAU